GAAGCGUGACCGCACGUUGCGGAUAGAGACCUCACAGCUAGAGGUAGAACAAUGUCGUCUAUUUGGAGGUGAACCGGGAGAUGAUGUCGGACUUUGCUAUCGCAUGCUUGAAUACUUCGGUGGGCUUGAUUAUAUCGACUCGUGAGUUCUCCCGACACAACUCUUAUCUUGGGAGUGAUCUCUAACCAACUUUAUUAGUUCACAGGGUUUGAGAUUAUUACCUGGAUGAAGGGGACCUCAUAAGAGUAAAGCCCUACCACCAUGAUCGACCUUGCUGUGGCCUGGAAUGUGGAAGACAUUAAAAAAAGAGGAAGAAAAGAGAAGUACCCACAGCCAGAGCAAGCAACCGGACAAACUACCCUGCGGAGACCAACCAAAAAAAAUCUCUCCAUCGACAGCAGGAAAACACCAUUCGCAUCUAACUAUGUGUUGGUGCUUGAAAUCCCCGUCAAGCAGAGGGCUUCGAAGGUUUUCCGCCGCAUUCUUUGUCAAAUUCUUUGCCCCGACUUACUGCACUAUCAAUCAUACUGUCCGAAAUAUAUGACGAUAAAGGGAGGAGACUAUCAUCUAAAUAGACCCUCCUUCCUUUAUCCAGUCGCGCGUUUGAGCAACCCCGAAUCUUGGGAUCGUUCAGGAAGAAAUGAAGCUUACCUCGCUAUGACUCAGGGGCCGAUUCUAAUGUUCACCGAAGGAAUAGAGCUAUUUAGCACGAUCAAUGAAUUGUGAUGACCCGUCAUGUAUAACAAAUUUAGAGGGAGCACCUUGUAUACCAUAUAAUCAGCCAUAUCUUUUUUGAAACAUCUGCCAAAGUGAAACGUAGUCGUAAUAGGGUAAAAGUAUAGCUUGUACUA